AUGGCUUUCUGUAAAAAUCCGGAAAAAUUCUUUCCAGUUUUGACAUCACCGGUUCUUCGUGAUGGAGCAUUCAAGGGAAAACUAGCACUUGUUACCGGUGGAGGAACUGGAAUCGGGAAGGCAAUCGCCUCAACUUUCGCUCAACUUGGCGCCACUGUGGCAAUCGCGUCAAGAAAUAUGGAAAAGUUGACACUAACUGCCACUGAUAUUACAAAGAAUACGGGCGGUAUCUGUGAACCGUUUCAAAUGGAUAUUCGUAAUCCCGAAAUGGUUACCAACGCGUUUGAUGAGAUUCAUAAGAAAUUCGGCAAAAAUCCAGAAAUUCUAGUCAAUAAUGCUGCUGGAAACUUCAUUAUGGCUACCGAGCGUCUCUCGGCUAAUGCUUACGGAACUAUCAUUGAUAUAGUGCUGAAAGGGACAAUGAAUGUGACGACAGAACUUGGAAGACGUUGUAUUCAGAACAACACUGGCGCCUCAAUAACGUCAAUCACUGCAAACUAUGCAAGAUCAGGCGGCCCAUUCGUCGUUCCAUCAGCCGUAUCAAAAGCUGGAAUUGAGACAAUGACCAAGUCUCUCUCAACUGAAUGGUCAAAAUAUGGGCUCCGUUUCAAUGCAGUAUCUCCUGGACCGAUCCCAACAAAAGGCGCGUGGGGAAGACUAUUCGCUGGAGAAAUGGCCGAUUGUGAGGAAAAUAUGAAGGAACGUAAUCCGGAAGGACGAGUUGGAACUGUUGAAGAGGUUGCUAACCUAGUUGCAUUUGUUUCAUCCGAUCACAUGUCAUUCUUGAAUGGAACAAUUAUCGAUUUGGACGGUGCACAACAACACAUGCAUCAUGGUUCACAUAUGGGAGAAUUCUUGCACGAAUGGGAUAAGAAUACAUGGGAUGAGACGGAGAAUGUGAUUCGUGGAAGAACUGGAAAAGAAAAGGCUUGA